AUGGGUUUUCGUCUACCCGGUAUCAGAAGGGCAUCAUUUUCUGCAAACCAAGCAUCUUCAAAAGCUGUGGAGGUGCCAAAGGGCUAUCUUGCAGUCUACGUUGGAGAAAAAUUGAAGCGGUUUGCGAUCCCAAUAUCAUACUUGACCCAACCUUCAUUCCAAGACUUGUUGAGUCAAGCUGAGGAAGAGUUUGGAUAUGAUCAUCCAAUGGGUGGUCUUACAAUUCCCUGCAGUGAAGAUGUCUUCCAAACAAUAACAUCACGCUUGUAUAAACUAUAA